UCGCCUCUAGUGUAAACUGUUGGCUGGUCACGUGAAGCCGUAUACACUAUUGGCGCAUGCGCGCUCGUCGCGUGCGCAAUGUAGCAGGUGUCAACAAUGAAGCUUGCGCACGAGACCAGCAGAAUGAAACUACCGCCAUUGUUUGGCUUCUUUUUUUCCACGCACACACACGCUAACCAGCAUCUUCUAUGCUGUCAAUGGCGACACAAGAGAUGGUCAUCGCUUCUCCGUGGAAUGUUCGUGAGCAUAACGCAAACAUGAGCGAAUGUUGGCUUUACCUGCUGCUACUCGCAGAUGUGACGUCCAAGGGAGCGCUGUUCCAUCUUUUCUUCAUAACUGGAAGCAGACGUCAACAUGGAUGAGGGCACUGCUAGUAAUGUGACGCCAGAUUUGAGGGAGCUGGAAAGUAAAGUGGGCAGGAAAACACCUGAAAGUCUUCUGCUUUGGAUGAGGGAUGACGUAGACGCGGAUGUCAGUACGACAGAGGACCUCCAAUAUUCUCCUUUAAGCGAUGCUUUUGCCGACAAAUUGAGCAACUUAAAGCAAGAAAUGAGGUGGAUGCGUUCCGCAGACGUGAGGAUUCUGCGGCAGCUGGUGUCUGUGCAUGAGGGUAUUGAGGCCAUGCGUUGGCUCCUGUCGGAGCGGAGCGCCUUGGCCAGCCGUGACAGCAGUUUAACAGGAAGUCUGAGCAACCUGAUGAUGGCAGAGGAGCAUGGACCCUCAGUGUCUCCAUGCAGGGACGUUCCAAGAUCAACCUACGCUGAAAAUGUGCACGGAAGCUUUAAUGGAGGCUCAUCAGAUGGUGACGCUAAUCAUUCACAUGGAAGGAGCACUGUAGAAAGACAGAGCAAUUUCUCAGACUCACAACCUCGGCAUUCCGGUACUCACCCGUCACUUGGUACAAAGGCAUGUGCCGAGCCUGUCGGCGGAGUUCUACUCGGAUCCACCACCACACCAAGAGACGUGAAGGCUGAUGAAAAGUCAAGAGAAGAAGAUGAGAAGAUGGCUAACGAGGUUUUGUUUGGGUAUGAUGCUCGGUGGUGCUGGAUCCAGUCACAGGAUGAUGUGACGUUUUUGUAAUUCUGCAAUUAUCCAUCCAUCUUCUAUGCCGCUUAUCCUCACUCUGGUCGCGGGUAUGCUGGAGCCUAUCCCAGCUGACUUCGGGCGAGAGGCGGGGUACACCCUGGACGGGUCGCCAGCCAAUGGCAGGGCACAUAUAGACAAACGACCAUUCACACUCACAUUCAUACCUAUGGAUAGUCGCCAAUUAACCUAACAUGCAUGUUUUUGGAAUGCGGGAGGAAACCGGAGUACCCGGAGAAAACCCACGCACACACAAGGAGUACAUGCAAACUCCACACAAAGAUGCCCAACGGAGAUUCGCACCCAGAUCUUCCAGAUCUCCUGACUGUGUGGCCAACAUGCUAACCAUUAGGCCACCAUGAACCCCCAUUCUGCAAGUAGUGCAACUUAAAUGAAUUAUCCUUAAUAUAAAGCUAUUUUUCUACAAUAGAAUGCCAAUAUUGUCAUGUGAAACUUGAAUAUGAACGCAGGCUGUCAGUUGCAAGAUGUGCAUAUCAAAUAGUUAUUUUGAGCUUUGCUUUAGAAAUACUGUUAUUGCAUAUUGAAAUGCUCUUACUAUUCUUUUCUUGAGUUCUUGUACGCUGCUUAUAUUGCCUUGCAUAUGUUAUGCGACUAUAAAACAAGGACAGUGUUUUCAAGAUACUGUACAGUGCAUACAAAUGAUCCUCUUAGAAGUGCAUUCAUGGGUUAGUCAAUAAACAGCAAUGUGGUGUUGCUGCUGUCUCUGCACAAUUAAUGGAGUUAGCCCAGUGUUUAUGGUCUUUGUGGCAGGGGUGUCCAAGCUUUUUCCGCAGAGUGUGCAUUUAUUCGGCUGACUAGAAAUAUUUUUCAGACACCUACUGCAGUGGCGCACAUAAGGAUAUUUUAUUCAUCAACCAAGAGAGUGAGACACACGCUUCCUUGUUCCGUUAACCUUAAGGGCACGCUAUCAUAAACUAGCCACGCAUUUGACAGUAGUCACAAUUGAGAGAAAUCUCACCCUCCACACGGCUAACGUUAGGUAAGGUACAUUAACGUUCAUCUCGCCGAUUUGAGCUACGUUCAGUUGACCUUGUCUCGGGUCUUUGGCUCCAUUCUGGGUGUCUUCGGAGGAGUUGAAGAAACACUGAAGCUGUGCUGUUGCAUGUACUAUACAUAAGCGCCAUGUUACAACGAAUACAUUACUUCGCGGUUCGAACAUCGCUCCCUCAUGCUGGCUUUUUUUUUUUUUAAUGACUUAAUGAUUGCUGUUUUGUGGUUGGGUGACUAUGGCCUCUUAUUAGUAAAAAAAUACUGAAAGACAAGUCAUACGUACAGUACGUAGUAUUCUAGUCACUCGGCGUCAGUAACGUUGCACUGAUGAGACAUUAUCUUACAUUCCAUUACCUUAACACUGCAUGGAGUCAGCCUUGGCAUCUAGCAUUUAGGGAAAAAUGAAAGGAUGCAAGGGCCACUUGAUAUUUUGUAAAGCAACGGUAUGCUAAGAAAUGAUGUAUAUAUUUCAAUAAAAACAGCUUUGUAACAUCGUUGGAAAAUUAGUAUGAACUUCAGUCUUUGCUUUUUGUCCCCUAUUUGCCUUUUUCCCCCUCAAAUAUUUCAACUUUUUUCUUAAAUCUUUGUGAAUGUUCUUCUCAUAACAUGACUU